UGGGCCCAUCCCCCCUCCUCCCUAUUUUCCAUCAUUUCCAUUUUCUAGGGUUUCACUUUCACCCAAUUACUCUCUCUUUCCUCUUUUCUUCUUCUCCCCCCAUUUUCUAGGGUUAGGGUUUAAGCUCCCCUUCUUUGUCUCUCUCCAAACGCAUCAAUGGCGUCGUCAACUCCUGCAACUUCAUCUCCCGUCACUUCAACUCCAGCAGCAACAACAACAGCAACAACAGCAGCAGCAGCAACAACAACAACAACAACAACAACAACAGCGAAGAGAAAGCCUGUGUUCGUUAAGGUUGAUCAACUAAAACCUGGUACUUCCGGCCAUACUUUGACUGUAAAGGUUGUGAGCUCCAAAACUGUAUUAAAUAAAGGAAGAUCGGCUCCUUCUGCCUCUCUUAACCCUCGCCCUACUCGCAUCGCUGAAUGUGUUGUUGGUGAUGAGACUGGUGUCAUCGUCUUCACUGCUCGUAACGAACAAAUUGAUCUGAUGAAGCCUGAUGCUACAGUAAUCCUGCGUAAUGCAAAGAUUGACAUGUUCAAGAGUUCAAUGAGGCUUGCAGUUGACAAGUGGGGUCGUGUUGAGGUCACUGAACCUGCAAGCUUUCAGGUUAAGGAGGAUAACAAUCUCUCCCUUGUGGAAUAUGAGUUGGUGAAUGUUGUCGAAGAAUGAUUGGAAGCUGUUAGGUCUAGCUUGAAGUGAAUUUGUUUUAAAAUUUUUGGUUUGUGAAUUAAUAUUGUUAUUGCUUUGCAACUUUCAUGAGUUUCAACUGCAAAUCAUCAUUGAAGAAGCAUUGCCUUUUGUGUAUU